AUGGGUUUUCCGGAUGAGGACACAUGGAGUCGAGGAUUGUGGGUUUCAACGGGAGGAGAGCAGGCGGUCGUAGAGGAGGGUGGAUUUCACGGGGAGGAUAGCAGGCUAAGUCGAGGAGGCAGUGUUGGCGAGCAAACGGCGUUACUGAGCAGCGUUGCUUGUGUACUGGACAUGGAGAGAGGAGGAGCGACGACCAGCUUGGGUGCUCCCUUUCGCGUCCACCUCCAAUCUCCGACUGAGCAUAAGAGAGAGAUGACAGGGCGGCAAAGUGUUUGGGGGAAGGGAUUAAGGGAAGACCCAAUGCAGGCCCAAAUGAGACCAUCAGAAAGCACAUUGGAAUGCUUCCAAGUGAAAGUAUACCUGGGGUAUGGGGAGCGAUACGCAGAGUUUCAUUUAGUCAGUUGGAAGUGA